GGCUGAGGCAGACAGUUUUCCUGCCUGGGAUCUGCAAGUAAGCCUCUGCCAGAGAGUAGACAAAAAAAGAAUUACAAGGAACAUCUUUAGAUACUUGGCAGCUGUUAGAAAGUAGCAGAACUGAGUAGACGUUUCCUCUCUCGUGAAAGGGCCGGGAUUUUAUAUAGAUAUUUAUUUUGUUAUUUCCAAUGGCUACGGGUCAGAAGAAUUCUACAAAGAAGACCCAUGACUUAAAAACAAAUUAGAAUAGUUCAUUAAGUUCAUCACUGGACACUUUAGUAGAAGCAGAGAUUUUGCCUUUUUGUUUAAUUUUGUUUUGCCAUGGGUUUUAUCGGCCACUUAUUCCCAGGAUUACCCAGAUUAGAGAUGGGCUGUUCUGCCUACUUGCUGGUCGUGCUUUUCGUGGGUGAGUUCUGCCAUUCUCUCGCUGCCCAUGUGAGCACCUGCGAAGCCAAUGGCAGCAUCUACUACGUCGGAGAGUGGUACUUCCUGGACUCCGAUCACUGCACUCAGUGCGAGUGUACUGCCGAGGGGCCCGCCUGUGCCAGGACAGAGUGUACAUCCCUACCACCAGCCUGCAUGCACGUCAGCCACUACCCCACCGACUGCUGCCCUCGGUGCGAAAAGAUUGGCUGCGAAUACAGAGGAGAGGUCUACGAGCUGGGUGAACAAUUCCAGCCGUCAGAGUGUGAGCAGUGUACGUGUGACCUGGAUGGAAUUGCACGUUGCCUGGUAGCCGACUGCGCGCCUCCUCCCUGCGUCAACCCUGUGUACGAGAAGGGAGAGUGUUGUCCCCGCUGUAAAGACGGUCCAAACUGCUACUCCGAUUCCUCCCAGAGUCGGAUCAUCCCUGCUGGUCAAUAUAUUUGGGUGGAUUCAUGCACCAAAUGUCGGUGUCACGAUGGACAAGAUGUUGGUUACUGGGAAGGAAACCGUCUGGCAAAGUGUGAGAAAGCCAAGAACUGCAGCCCAGAAGAAGGACGAGAAAACUCUUAGAGUAUGGAAUUCACAGCCCAUACAUGGCCGGAUCUGCAGCCCCCAACCCUAGAGCUCUGAGCAUAGAAGCUAUUGAUAUAGUGGGUUGUAUGGAUCUUCCUGUUUGGUUUAAUCAUUGUUCCUUACCCCUCUAUAUUCCUGUAGGACACUUAGAGUAUUCCAUAAAUUUGGUAGCAUUAAACGAGAUCCCAGAUUAAGCUGUAGCACAGACAACAGCCUUCCCUUAAUAGCCUAAUGCAUCAUUCUUCAAAGCAUCGGGUCAGCAGAGUCCAUCACCAGUCAGAUGGUCUGAGGUUGGAAUCUUCUCUAGUUUUGAUAGAAAUGUAUAUUAUGAACCGGUGUGUCUGUUACAAAGUGUAAAGAAGGGUUACUGCAUGUCACACCAGGAUUUGCAGUUACCUAGAUCUCCUGUUUUAGAGGGGCAAUGGCAAAAGUGUGCUAAAUUAUAACUCUAAGUAAUGGAGGCGUUCUGGCAGUUAAAGUUCUGCUGUUUAUCUCCCAUUCUGCAGUUCCACAUUUGGCCACUUGGAAAAAGUAGUCCUUUAAAUGUUUUAAUGCUCCCUACCCUCCUGCCAUGUACAUUAUAUAAAGAUUGUUUUUAUAAUUCUAGAGUUCUAUAUUUAUUAAGUUAGUCAUGGACCCUGCUCGUCCUCAACAAAAAUAUAAUGACAACAGGCUCUUUUGGGGCAUAUGCUGUAAAUAAAAGUUGGCUCUUUUUUUUUUUAUUUAAAUGCAUUAGAAAAAGCAAUCUCGUUUUAUAGAUCAGUAUUCAUUUUAUUAUUAACGUUACAAUGAAAAAAACUCUCCAAUUAUCUACAGUAAUAGUACAUAGACAAGAUCCUGGUGAGAAAUUACUUAAAGAUUGAGCUCUUGGACAUCCUUUAGAACCAGUUUUAAGGAAAUCUGAACUGUAGCUCUGUGCUUGUUUCUCGACCCAUAAAACAAAACUAGUAAAGGAACAGCCCAUAGCUGCCAAGUGGCCCGAUUUGGUCAGGGCAGUCACUAUCCAGUUUAAUAUCAAUAUCUAGAUUACUCCACUUAAUCAGUCAAUGUUGUUGACGCGUGCUAUUGCAUUAAAAGUUACAUAGAUUUGAUUGUGAAUCAUAGCUUUUUAAAGGAUCAUUUAGAUCAGUGUGUGCAUGGUACCUGAGAUGUUGGUCUGGCUGAGUGCUAUGGAACAGUACUUCACAAACACUUCAAGGUGCCAAAAUUGGUCAUCAUCGUUUUGUAUUAUUUAGUAGAUUUGUACACAGCGGGAUUGUUCGGUUUGAACAAAUUUUUUUCACAAAAUUUAAAAUUUGGUUCAGGAGAUCCAACACUCGUGAAUCAGGGAAAUAUUCUGACAAAAAGGCCAAAAAAAUGGGCCAAUCAGUGUACUGCAAAAUAUAGACAUAAUAUAAAUAUUACUGAUAGGAGCAUUUUCCCAGCGUUUGGUUCACACAUCAAGCAAGAAAAAGUCAUCAUUAGAGGAUAUAUUUAAAGGAAAUAGCGGAGGAUAUAUCAUUCGAAAUCUAAAGAUAUUUAUAUAUUAGAUAUAGAAUACACAAGUAUAUACACAUUUUGUUUUGCUCCUUUUCCCCUCUAUUGGUUACUUCUCACUUGAUCUUUUAGCAGCUGUAGCCAUUAAUUAUCUUUUUUGGCGCCUCUGCUGGCACUCAGAAUGCCGAAUAAUAAAACCAAACGUUUGCUCAAUUACAAAUUUGGGUGGUGCUUUGAGAUAAAGAAUUCAGUCAAAAAGCUGAAUUUAUCCAAAUGCACAAGUCUACUACUUGGAGUUGGUACAAUUAUAGCUUUAACCAGAGAGGUUUGUUACCAGAGAGCAGAACACACUGAGGAAGAUUCUCAGAACACUUCUCCAAAAGUGGGGCAUUCACCUUGUAAACCAACGAAAUCACCAGAUAUACUUCUCAAAGUUGGCCGUGUUUUAGAAUGUCACAACACUUGGAUACAUCUUCCUACCGUGAGACAAGUAACUAUUCUGUAGAUAACCAUGCCUUAACCCUUAAAAAGCCAGAGUGGAGAGGACUUGAUUAAAGAAACAAACGCUGGUGGUAGAACCUCAGGAUGUGUCUUCAAAUAGAGGAAGAAAAUAUUAACAGAGUUUGUAUUAAGUAACAAAUCCAAUAAAACAAUAUAUAUUGUA